GACUGACUCUGUGCUGGAAAAAAUUCGAGUGUGGGGAGGGGAAGACACAUCCUGUAUAACCUUAAUGUGUAUAUAUAUCCCAACAAAUUGCAAUGUACGAGUGCACAAUAUGUGGCCAGACGAGGGGCUCUGUUAGCAGCACUCCGCAGUACGAUUUCCGGCGUCCUAGCACCAGACCAGAGGAGCGUACCGUGGUGGGUACCUCCGACCAUUGCAGCAAAUGCCAGCAGCUCACCUUCUUCAUCAAUUUGGAGGAGAGUGAGGAUGAAGUACAUGAUGAACAAACGGGCAAGAAUGCUCCCGAUUGGGUAUUGCAGGGCGUUGUGCAGCCCGUGGGGGUUACUUCUUCUAGUUCUGAUUUGCUGGAUAAUAAUCCGCAUCCGCCACCCAAGGUGCCAGCACUGCAGGAGCGCCAUUACCUGAGAAAGAAGCCUCCUCUGACCCCACCAUUACAGAGCCAGGAGCAGCAGCACCAGGAUCUGGGAGAGAAUCCUGCAAGUCCGACCACACCAACACAAAGCAAGAAGCAGCAGCGCCAGGCAGCGUCACUGACCCCACGAUCUGCCAGCAUACAGCAGCGCCAUUAUCCGACCCCACGAUCGUCGAGCGAGCGGCGUGCGGGUACUCGCCAGCGGAGGCGCAGUAAGAGGCGCACCAAGUCUAUGGCGUCCAAGGUGCCGGCAGAUUCCUGCUGUCAUUUCAAAGAUCUCGGAAACUUAAGCAGCUCCAAGACUACGACUACGACAACGCAGCAGCAGCAUCAGCACAAGUCCGACCUUGAAAGGAUGCCCAUACAUCCUAGGGAGGAUAUGCAUAUGCAGCAGAUCGCACGUUAUCGGAAGGUGCAACCGUCCAACGAGGCGUCCAGCAUCGCCUGGUCGCUUCAGCAGGGAGAUGGAAGCGGACAUGGCCUUGCUGACAUCUCAACCAGCGGCGAGAAACCAGAGGCGACGACUAGUGGCUCUCAGAACUCCCUGGAGCAUCUGCAGCGUACAAUCGAGGCGAAGCGCAAGGUAAUGGAAAAUUUGGCCAGCAUUCAACGUCGCAUGCAGCAUCUAGAGAAGCGGAAUCGAUUGGCAUGGUCCCUCAAGAAGUGCCCUCAGCGUCAGUGCGGCGGAGCUCUGCCCACCCCUGACCAGGCUAAACGGCUAAACGGAGGAGAGGUGGAUAAAGAUGCUGACCUAGAUCGUCUUAUUCGGAAGAGCGGGGAGGUGGACAAAGGCGCACCCCUGCUCGGGGAGCAACUGCUGGAUGUCCUCAAGGAGAAGAGUGGUUUCAGCAAGGAUUCGCGAGAAUCCCCAAAUCUUCAGCGAGAAAGCCCCAAUUUGGAGCCCGUGCAGGAGGAGACGACACCUGAGAGGCUUGGGUCCAUCGUGCAGCGUUGCAACUACCAGCGGAUCUUCCCAGUUCCACCUCCUGGCGAAAACACAACGCUGUCUUGGCCAGCCCAGUCCCAGUUCAGCACAGUAGACGUCCUGGAGAACGAGACCCUGGAGGAAGAGCCGAAGACGAACGCCGACUUGGUGGAGAAGGGCGGGUCCAAAAAGCUGAAGAUGCGCAGUGAUCCCUUACAGUGCCCCGAAGGGGAUUGCCCGAGACUGUGCUUCGUCUCGUCCCUUAUUACCCAUUUACGAAACGAUCAUCACACGGUGACCGUUGAUGGGAUGGCCUUGCGGCAGACCAAGACCUUCUUCUUGGACCCGAACGAGACGCGUCUCAACCAGACCAAGUGCCACCGGAUGUUCCUUUUGCAGGGAAAGACUAUCAGUUCUAUGGUCGACGAGCCGCUGGAUCUGCUUCCCGUUCUGUUCAUGUCGGUCCGUACCCGGCACCGUGAUCUCUUUGUGGAACGCAGCAUCAGCUGCUCUUUGCCACAGUAUCAGCAAGAGGAUGACUCGCACGAGAUGCUGCUCCUGUGGCUGUCCACAUUACAGCCCACUGGUGGGCGCGUCUGUGGCACACUUGCUGUUCGUUCCCAAAACCGAGCGGACACCACGAUGGUGGCCACCGGCAGCACCUACGACCUUCGAGCCAGCCUUAAGAUUGGCGCUCUCUUUGCCAGCUCCUCCGUCCUGAUCAUACCACAUGCCUCUCUUCAGCGCUUGUCCAAGAAGCGCAAGCAAAUGAUAAUCAUUCAAGCAAAAAUUUAUUAGAAAAAUCUCGCAUCUAUUGUGAAAAUUUAUUGUUAAUAUUAUUUCAAAACUUGUACCACCAGACCCUGAAACGAAGCUGCGUACAGAUUGAUACAAAAUUUAUAAA